CCGCCAUUCAUGCCAGUCAGACGUCGAUCUUCUGGUUGCCUGCAGUGGGAGUGUAGUCGACCGUGGGCGACGUGCCGCCAGAUAUCCAGUUGCCCGACUCGUGCUGCGUCGUGAGUGGGUGGACCACACACACACACACACACACACAGAGAGAGAGAGAGAGAGAGAAUGCGUACACAACACAAACACACUUCAACCGCGGCUGGCUUGGCUUACUUCGACGAUCUUGCGGACUGGCGACGCGACCUCCAUCAUGUGUUUCUCGUGCUCAAUCCGCGCUGACCUGCACCCAAAAACGUACAAACAAAGGCCAUCAAUGAAUGCAGCACAGCACCGAUGGACGCCUGUCUGCCCUGUCUGCUCGACUGACUGACCUUCCGGCCUGCAGGCCGCGGUAGAGCUCCCAGAGGGGCAUGAACACGAUGACCACGGCGGCGAUGGUCGACCACGCCAUCGCCACACCCACCCACGCGCUGAACUGGCCGAACGAGAACACACCGCCGAUGAAAUGCAUCGGAAGCGGCCACAGAAUCACUGACACACACACACCAAGUGAGGUCGGCACCAUGAACAGAGAAGGGUGGCGCCAUGUGUGAUGUGUUUGUUUGGUGUUGUGUGUCACCCACCGAGAACGAUCGUCAUGCCCACAGCGGCGAUGAGGGACCAGAUAUACCACCUGUAAAGGUUCUCGGGCGUCUCUGAGGGAUCCUUGGGCGGCUCGACGUCGUCCACAAGGGGAAUCUUCUCGUUCAGCAUCUCCCACUGGAAGUGUCGGUCAGGAAAGAAGAAGCUCCCGACCACACAGAUGACCAGCGACACGCAAAUGGAAGCCAGAUUGCCCGCGAUGAAGGGAAAAUCUGCAUAUAUCAAGUCCAAUCAAUGCGCCACGCAGUACAGAUACCCAUCCGUGGUGGUGCUUACCCUGGUUAGUGGUUGCCAGCGAGACCUCGCCGUACUGAAGACCCGUCUGGCCGAACCAUGCCGCGAGGCCGCAGACGAGGCCAGCGAGGGCGGCGAAGGUGCAGACCUUCCCGUUGGCCCUGCGGCUGAGGAUGCACAUGGCCGAUGGCGCCACUGCUGACCCGAUGAAGACGCCCAUCGCCAUGUACACAUACCCUACACGACACGAGCGCACGAAGGAAGGAACAAGAGGGAGGCAGCGGGAGGGAGGCAGCAUGAGGCGGACAGCGUGUGGUGUGGUGUGGGUGGUGUCUCAUCAUAUCAAUGAAUGCUAGUGUGUGCCUACCGAGGCUGAGAUUCAUUACUUGCAGCAUGACGGCAAGGAAGCCCAUGAAGAUGGCGAACAUGACGGUGAAAAACUUGGACACGCGCAGGAGAAUGUGGCCCUCCUUGUCCUCAGUCGCCACUGAAUGAACCAGUCACCAAACACACACACACACACACACAUCCACCCACAAGCGCCCUUCCCCAGCCAGCCACCACCCUCCCUACCUCUCCUGUUGAUCUGGUGGUAGACGUCCUUGACCAGAGCGCCGUCCAUGCUCUCGUCGUACUCGAGGACAUAGGCCACGAGGUCCUCGAGAUCCUGCUCGGUCAGCUGGUCGUCCAGCACUUUGAUGUCCUGCAUCCGCGCUAUCAGGUUCGUCACCUGCGUCCUGUUGAGCCGCUGCUCGUUGAGCGACACGAUUCGCUGACGCACUGACUGCUCGUCCAUCUCGUCUAGCUUCUCGGCCGUCUUCUCGUCCUCAUCCGCCAGCACCCUCGCCACCUCCUUGUAGCUGCACACACGUAGAAAAGACAGGCAGGGGCAGACAGAUAGCCAUAAGAGGGUCUCUCUCUCCCUCCCCCUCCCCGUGUUGGUGGCUUACAACUUCAUGCGCCUCUGGGUGCGGCGGUACUUGAGCUCGGGGUUGAUGUACUGCCAGUAGAGGUCAUAGGUCAGGAUGGACGAAACUGCGAUCAGCUCGGCCGACCCCGUCGACGUGAUGGCCAUGAACAGCAUAAGCAGCAACACAAACGCCCCGCCAGAGCCGAGCGAGGCUGUCAGCACGCGGGCGGGGACCAAGCCUGCCCCUGCGGCCUCCGCACUUAUGAAGUCCCAGCCCCAUUCGGUGGCUAUGGCGCGGCCGGCGAGACCCAUGGUGGUGGCCAUGCCGAACGGAACGGCGAACCACACGAGUCCCCCAAUGAGGAAUCCCGGAACGGUGGCCUUUGGCUUGGCGGCGAUGGCUGACUGCCAGUAGGACUGGUCCACGAAGACAGUGCCGAAAUUACCGACGAUGUUCACAACACCGAAGAUGAUCCCAGUCGUCGACGACAUGGUCAGGAACGAACUCACGCACUGCACACACACACACACACACACAUGCACGUGGGUGUUCCUCGCCUUCUAAGGCUUGCUUCAGUCACUCACCGUCUCCCCGUCGCUGCAGUCCCCGGCAAACUGCUGUGUUUGCCCGCCGACGGGGAACUUGACACAGCCGGGCCCGGUGGUGCAUUCAUCUACCUCGCGGUAGCUGCAUGUGGUGCCCUCGAUCAGUGUCUGGUCGCUCGUGUAGCACUGGCCGUCGUUGCCGACCAUCCCGUUGAUGAAGGGGUGCUCAUUGAGGCCGGUGGUCGGGUCGUUGCUGUUGAAGAAGGCGUGCUCGGCGUUUUGCUGCAAUUGUGCAGAGGGGGGAAGGCACACACACAGGCAGAGAUGGAGCGAGUGUUUCUGCCGCUGCUGCUCCUCCUCCUCCUGCGGAUCUCACCGUAAGGCUGUUGAAGACGUUCUCGAUCGAUCCAUACGCCCCGUCGCCGCCCGACGUGUAGAUGGUGUAGGUGAAGAUCAGCAGCACCACGAAGAUGAUGGUCGUGUGGAUGUAAGACGCGAAGAAGGUCGCGCGAAGACCACCCCUGCACCACACCCACAAGCAAACCAACGAUCCAUCGUCACUCAGUCAGGCGAACACAGGCUCUUUUCUGAUGGAUGAAAUGAAUGUGCCCCCACUUGAGCGUGUAGAUGAGGCACGACAGUAGAGGCACCAAGAAGGCCGCGAACUCCUUCCGCAUGCCCGUGAGGUCCUCAAUGACUGCGGACCCUCCCAGCAGGAGCAUCGCCGUCACGAUGCAGUUGGCCAGCAGCGCGAAGACGAGAAAGACGAUAUGUGCGGUCGUCCCCCACCGCGCCCUGAUGACCUCCAGGAAGGUGUGCAUGUGGGAGCACCGCCGCUUGACUUGGAUGGCAAGGAUGGCGAACAAGAGGAUCUGGAUGGUGGCGCCCGACGCGUACCAGAAGGGGCCACUGACGCCAACCCGCCAUCCCAUGUUGGACGACUGCAGUCACCGCACCCAGCCCAACGCACAGACAGACAGACAGACAGACAGACAGAAGAUUCUUCGUCAUCGGUUUGAAGCUCAUGCGGGCGGGAAUCAUCAUUCAGGACUGACUCCCUCUCUGGCUGGCCGACCUGCAGGAGUGUGGCUGCCCAGGUCCACUGCGAGACGAUGACGGCCGCCGUCAGCCCCGCACCCACAUUGCGGCCGGCGGUGUUGAAGUGCUCCGACGUCAUCUUGGUGCCAACCACCUUCUCCUCAUAGUUCUGUGUGUGACACACACACAGAGAGUGUCACAAAAUUCACACGCACACAUCACAUAACUGAGGUGAGUGCACUCAAUGGCAGAUGUGCGCGUGGAUCUCACCUGCAGCCACAUGGUGAUCAGCGUGAAGACGAGACCGAACCCAAUGACGACCAGCCAUCCGACAUACUGCAGGCAGGCAUCGACAACACACAUUUGAUUGGCACACAAGGUGCGGUAAUCCCAUACAAAGUGGUGCAUGCACUCAUAGAUCUGCCCGUGUUGGUCGCCAUGUGGAGGUACCUCGUCCAACGGCGGCCCGUCUUGUGUCGCCUGUGCAUUGCCAAUCACAAGGCAACUCAAGAAGCAUGUGAAGAGCAGCGAGAGGCCUCGCCAGUCAGGGGAAUACGCCAUGAUGAU